AUGAUUGGGAUCACUUUCAUCCCGGUGGUUCUCACUGUCUACAUCUUCACCUUCCUGAUCGGCCUCCCGUCCAACCUCCUGGCCUUCUACACCUUCCUGGUGAAGGUCCGCCAGAAACCCACCCCCGUCGACAUCCUUCUCCUCAACCUCACCAUCUCCGACAUCUCCCUCCUCAUCUUCCUCCCCUUCAAGAUGGUGGAGGCCAUCUCAAAUGGGGCAUGGACCUUGCCCUCUUUCCUCUGCACACUCACCAGCUUCGUCUUCUACAGUAGCAUCUACAUCAGCUCCCUAUUCCUCAUGGCCGUCAGCGUUGAGCGCUACUUGGGCGUGGCCUUUCCCAUCAAGUACAAGCUCCGACGCCGGCCAGCCUAUGCCACCGCUGCCUCCGUGGUCUUCUGGGUGGUCAGCUGUGCCCACUGCAGCAUUGUCUACAUUAUCCAAUACCAAGACUUGAAUAGGACCGCAGUCUCCAACAACAGGUCCCACUGCUACGAUGAUUUCUCCGAUAGGCAGCUCCAUGUCCUCCUCUCUUUCCGGCUGGAGCUUUUCCUGGUCCUCUUCUGCCUCCCUUUCACCGUCACCAUCUUCUGCUAUGUCAACUUUGUCCGCAUCCUGGUGGUCUUGCCCAACAUCCCGGCCCGGAGGAAGCAGCGGGCUGUGGGCCUGGCCAUGGCCACCUUGUUCAACUUCAUAGUCUGCUUCGCUCCCUACAACCUGUCCCACGUGGUGGGCUUUGUCCAGAACGAGAGCCCCUCCUGGAGGGUGUACGCUCUUCUCCUCAGCACGCUCAAUGCCGCCUUGGACCCCGCCAUCUUCUACUUCUCCUCCACUGCUGUCCAACGGGCCUUCACCAAGUGCCUGGCCGGCCUGUGGCACAAACUCAGAGACUUCAUGGUCCGGUGCCAUCUCCCCUGCUUGACUUGCUGUGGGGAAGGGGGCAGAGAGUUGGAGGCAGCCAGUGGGGACGAGGCUGAGGGGUCAACGACUUGACUCCCAGGGUGAGACCAACUCUCUGUUUCCUCCGCAGAGCCUUCCUUGUCCCAUGCGCCGUAGGAGCAAGAGAUCCUGCACUUGAGCCCAGGACGGCAUCUUCUGUCCUUCCCUGCACCUCCCGAGAGGGCUGUAGGCCUCCUUAGACAGCAGUGUGCGGCCGGGCUUGGAGUUGGUGCCCAACUUCGACAAGGCUUUGGCCUACUUGAGCUUCUAUGUGGUUGGCCAAACUUGGCUCCAGAGGGCUUUGGCUGAUCUGAAGUCGGGGUCGCCAUGGUGUCAAGGGCCUUCCUAUGCUGCUUGCGGGCCACAACCGAGCGGUUGACCAAGCGCCCACCGGACUUUGGCUUACUUCAGCUUUGGAGUGAGUGUCCCAACUUCCUCAAGGAUCCGGCCUCUCUCAGUGUCAGAGUCACCAUGGCGUCAAAGGCCUUCCUUUGCCGCUGCUGGCUCACAAGUGAAACAUAGACCGAUUUCAGCUGAAGGGUCCCCCCGGCGCCCUCCACUCACUCCUGGUCUUUCCUUCUCCAUGGUUGGGCCCACGGGCAAGCAAGUGACUAUGGGCUGUAACUGCAAGUGGGGGUUGCUUGAGGGAGGACAAACAGGCUGGGCUGAGCUUGUCCCGUUUCAGGGGAACCAUUUAGUGGCAGAUGAACAAGGACCAGGCUCCAUGAGUGGCCCAUGGGCCCUGAGUUUGCCCUUGUUGAGUUAUGGAGAGCUCCUCCUCCUUGGCCACUAGUAUUAGUCUUUGUUGGCCUCUGUGGAAAUGUAGUUACCGCCUCGGUGGGACUGGAACGCAAGAGGCUGCAGCCCAGCACGCUACUGCUUGAGCUAAAGGAGAAAUGCCGUGUGUUGGCAGCAGUAGUAAGGCUGUUAUCUGCCAUGUGGACGGGAAGGAUUUGGACUCUGGACCUUCACUAUCAGCGCACGGUGCUCUAUGCAAGCAGUGGUGGGAAGGCUCUUACUGAGCAGGAUUUGAAAGCAGGACUUCUAGCACCACAGUGAAAGGCUCACGUGAUCUAAAGGCGGAGUGCCUUUUGCAGCGGUAGUAGGGCUGUUAUCCUCCAGGUGGGUGGGGGAUGGGCGAUUAGCAGGCACACGUACAAUGGACGCUGGUCCCUGCGGGUCUGUUCCAGGUCUGGACGUAGAGCUGAGAUCUCCCUUGCGCAAG